AAUACGUUAAUAAUAAGUAUUACGAGGAUUAGUUUCGGCCUAGGUAAGGAAAUCGUUACCCUAAGUAUAAUAAAAGUAGAGACGUACUUUAGAAUAAUAACUUUUUAUAUUUUACCUAUUAAUACCCCAUUUCUCCUAUAUUUAAAAAAUAUAAAUUAA